GAUUCGCUUACGCUGCUGCAGCAUUCCAUGGGCUUGAACAAGAUCAGCCCUUCUCUGCCUAGUGCCGCCCUCAUGGUGCAGAGACAGGUGGAAGGCGCAGACAUGAUGGCGCCUCACACCACCGAAGGCACGUGCUUGGCGAAUGAUGUCCAAGCCAUCCUUUCUGGCUUAAAGGACGCGGACCAAACCCUCUCGUGGGGCGUUGGAUUGCCAACUCUGGCACUUUUCUUGCUUGGUAUUACAGUGCUUCUAGUCGGUCAUCGCUUGGUGACCCCGGUGGUCAUUGUGACCGCGAUUUUGGCGGCUUUCUACUUUAGCUUCGAGCUCUUGAGGGCAUCCUUCUCAACUUCCUGUGCCAUGCCAGUCUACGUUGCAAUCGUGCUGGGUGCCAUAGCUGGCUGCGCAGCAUUCUUCUUCCUAGAGAUUGCGAUCGUAGUUCCAGGCGCUGUGCUCGGUGUAGUUCUCGCCUACCAGGUCCAGGUGAUUCUGAUGAGCACAUCUCCCCAUUUGCGGCAGUCUCCAAUUCUCGUAAAGUACUACUGGGCCAUUGCAGCUGCCUCCGCGCUGGUAUUUGCGUUCAUAGCGCAUAAAAUGCGGGAGGACAUCUUCAUCCUGGUGACUUCCGUACUUGGCUCCUUCGCAGUUUCCAUUGCAUCCCGUGGCCUGUUGCUGGACUACUUCCAUGUCAGGAUGACAGAUUUGGCGGAGCUCCUCCUCAUGGUUGGCUUGUUGAUCCUUGGAAUGGUCUACCAGCACAAGACCCACAAGCAAGAGUGA